AUUUUGGUUUUGGAAUAUGCUAAUGAAGGGAGUUUAAGAGAUUAUUUGAAAAAAAAUUUUACUUCCUUAAAAUGGAAUGAUAAAAUUCAAAUGGCAUUGGAUAUUACUAAUGGAUUGAAAUUUUUACACUCCAAAGAAAUAAUUCAUAGAGACUUGCACUCAAAAAAUAUAUUAGUGAAUAAUAGAAAAUUAUUAAUUGCAGACCUUGGAUUAUCUAAAAAGUUGAAAGAAGUUAUGUCUAGUAAUUCACUGGGUAAUAGAAGGGGAAUGGUUGAAUAUACUGAACCACAAUGUCUUAAGAAUAGAAAGUAUAAAAAAGAUAAUAAGUCCGAUAUCUAUAGUUUAGGUAUUUUAUUCUGGGAAAUUUCAAGUGGGCAUCCUCCUUUUUCUGACUGUUCACAAGAUCUAGUUUACCAUUAUAUUAAAAAUGAUGAAAGAGAAGAUCCAAUUGAGGGUACGCCUCCAAAGUAUCAAGAACUUUAUCAAAAAUGUUGGGAAAGCGAACCGGAAAAAAGACCUAAUAUUAAAGAGGUA